AUGUGGCUGCUCAGCGAGAUGUGGAACGCGAGCAUGGAGCCCAGCGUCAUCUUCAGCUACAACGCUGGGAUCAGCGCAUGCGAGAAAAGCGAGCAGUGGCAGAGGGCUCUGUCGCUGAUCAGCGAAAUGUGGGAGGUGAAAAUGGAGCCCGACGUCAGCUACAACACAGGGAUCAGCGCGUGCGAGAAAGGCGAGCAGUGGCUGUGGUCCCUGGCGAUAUUCAGAGAUAUGCGGGAGGCGAAGCUGGAGCCCGAUGUCACUUUCAUCUCAGCUACAACGCUGGGAUCAGCGCGUGCGGGAAAAGCAAGCAGUGGCAGCGGGCGCUAG